GCGCGUGCCGUCUGGGAAUCUGCACCCGAAAUCAUGGUUUCUUUGAGGGCCACUGAUGUCAACUGGGCGAUCUACUGUACUACGCACUCUUGGGCAUGUUGCCUUGCUAGCUCGGGCGUUGCGCAAGGACCAGUCGCCUUGGACAUAACAAUGGGACCACAGUUACCCGGGUACGCUUUCUGUCAAAAUAUGGGGGCAGCGAAGGACCCAUGUCCACUACUACUGGGGACUCGGUGUGCUUUGGGGAGGUGUUGAUAAAGCUGAUGUACCCUGGUCGAUGCCCUUUACUUUUUGACUUUUUCUUCUUAUCUCGCCUGAUUCUUGCGGGUCGACAGUUCGCGCGGUAGGAAUUCACGCCUGCAUCAUCUGCUUCUACGAGACCAGCUCCUCUCGAUUGCUUGCUUGGAAUCCUGAUCUGGAAGCGACUAAGGAAGGGCAUUUCCAACGACCAAGAUAAAGACGAGAAAAGAGGCAGCCAAUAUGUCUGAGGAUCCGAAGAAGAUUGUAGCCGACGAUGCGGAAGCCGGGGAUGGCUAUACCGGGGGCGCAGCCAAACAUGACCUCGAGCAUCAUGGCCUCGCAUCGCGAGUGCGCAAUAGCAUCUCGGUCCAGUCCAUCGACGAGGACACGAAAGAAGGCCAGAUCUUUUCGAUGAACGAUAUCGAUCCCGCGCUCGAUGCGAAGAUGAGGCUUGUUAACAAUGCAAUCGACGAAAUCGGCUGGACGGGCAUGCAUCUCAAGCUGUUUUUCUUGAACGGGUUUGGGUAUGCGGCGGACUCGUUGAUCCUGCUCUUGCAAUCCGUCACCGCGGGCCAAGCGGCGCUCGAGUUCCAGCCUAGCUUUGCGAAGGGAUUGACUGUCGCCGCGUACACGGGCAUGCUCGUUGGAGCCCUGUUUUGGGGGUUGGGAGCUGAUGUGAUCGGACGGCGCAUCGCGUUCAACGUUUCGCUCUUUAUAUGUUCGGUCUUCGCCAUCUGCGCGGGAGCGUCGCCGAACUGGAUUGUCCUGGGCUUGUUCACGUCCCUGGCGGCGUUCGGGUCCGGAGGCAAUUUGAUCCUCGACACAACUGUGUUCCUGGAGUUUCUGCCCGGUGACAAGCAGUGGUUGCUCACGCUCAUGGCGUGCUGGUGGGGUCUUGCACCGGUCGUGGCGGCGGCGUUUGCGUGGCCUUUCUUGUCGAUUCCUCGCUAUUAUUGUACGGAUGCUGCGACCUGCACUUAUGACAACAACAAGGGCUGGCGAUAUGUCUGGUACUCGAACGGAGUAUUGGUUCUUGUGAUGAGCGUCCUGCGAGUCACGGUCAUCAGACUCAAAGAGACGCCCAAGUACUUGCUUGCGAAGGGGCAAGAUCAAGCAGUGGUCGAUACUUUUCACUCCAUUGCGACCAAGUACAACCGACCUUGCUCGCUUACUUUGGAGCAGCUCGAUGCGUGCGGACCGAUCAAGUCAACCUACGGUAAGACAAGAUAUGGGCUAUCGGAGUUUGUGGCGCAUCUUCGGGGCCUGUUUGCGACGAGGAAGCUCGGUUUCUCGACGUUCCUAAUCUGGUUGUCCUGGACCUUGAUUGGUCUUGCAUAUCCACUGUUCUACGUCUUCCUGCCCGAUUUCCUGGCCAGUCGAGGUGCGAAUACUGGUGAAAGCAGCCCGUAUUACACCUGGCGGAACUAUAUGAUCACCAACGUUGUCGGAAUCUUCGGUCCGGUCCUGGCUGGGUUCAUGUGCAAUUGGAAGUUCCUCGGCCGGAGGUACACCAUGGUCAUUGGUGCGCUGUUGUCCAUGGCCUUCUUCUUUGCAUAUUCCGCGGUGCGGACGGCAUCACAGAACCUCGGGUUCACCUGCGCCAUCUACUUUACGGUGAAUAUCUAUUACGGCACGCUGUAUGCGUACACGCCUGAGAGUCUGCCCUCCGCGCAUCGAGCCACAGGUAACGGUAUCGCCGUCGGUUGCAAUAGGGUCAUGGGUUUGAUCAGCGCAUUCGUGGCCACGUACGCGAACACUGCAACUUCGGCGCCGAUUUAUAUCUGUGCGACGCUUUAUAUCGCUAUGGCAAUCGUGGCGAUUAUUAUGCCCUUCGAGCCCUACGGCAAGCGGUCCAUGUAAGAGAGGAGAGAUGUCCGGAGUGCCGCAAGUACAGGAGCUCGUCGUGCCACUAUCCGGGAAUACACUCGUAAACGUGAUCUGGACUCUCGCUUAGAUAGAUGCACUGCUUCCGUGGAUACCCAAAGCCGAAGCAGUUUCCGGGUCCAACGGCGGACGGUCUCGUCACAUCAAAAAUCAAAACAAUCUCUUACGAGUGAAAACCUCAACUCCAUUGGCCCUUUGUGAUACGAG